UUGAAGUUUGAAGCAUCCCUGACGCGCCAUUGUAGUUGUGGUUGUUCGUGUUACUUAGUGUCAUUAUGCAUAGAUUCUGUGUUUUUAUUAAGAUUUAGAGCUUAAAUGAGUAUAUUUUUCUACAAAUGUAUUAGUGAAGAUAAUAAAAGUGACAAUAAUGCGUGCCGAACCCUUAUGUAUGACUAAUUACCAUCCCUGAGUCACCACGGCUUGUUUAAGCGGGUCCGCGUUUCGGCGCGUGGGGGGCGCGCAAUGGAGGCAGGAGCGCGCGCCCUGGACGUGCUGCCCCUGCUGCAGGAGCGGGUGGCAGCGCUCACCGGCGGCCUGGACCGCAGAGGGGGACCCAUCAUAUGGUUCCCCGCAAACUCCAGGCGAGACAGGGUGGCUCCUGAUGACUAUAGGCGUUUACUGCACUACCUUAUGACCAUACCCAGCGAUUCGGUGAAGACGCAUGGCUUUACCAUCUUGAUUGAUAUGAGAGGUUCGGCGUGGGCUGCUAUUAAACCUAUUUUGAAAGUUCUGCAAGAACAUUUUUCUUCAUCCGUCCAUCAGGCCCUGGUAGUUAAACCUGAUAAUUUUUGGCAAAAGCAACGCACAACCAUCGGUUCACACAAAUACAAGUUUGAGACGACCAUGAUCAGCUUGGAAGCUCUGCCUAAAAUAAUAGAUAGCACACAAUUGACGUCUGACCUCGACGGUACACUGCAUUAUGACCACCCGCAGUGGAUCGACUUGAGAUUGGCGCUGGAGGAGCUGGUGUGGCAGGCGGGCGAGAGGAGGAAACAAUGGAGAUACAGUAUUGUUAGAGCAAUGUUUUGUUUACAAACUGCGUUCGACCUCGACCUUGGUGACUGA